AUGUGGAACGGGCUCACCCCGGCCCAAAAGCUGCCGUACAACAAGGGUUGGCCGCUCACGGCGGCGGCUAUCGCGAGCAUUGCCAUCCCAGAGAAAGUUGGCACGCGUCCUCGAGGACCGCAGAAAGCGAGGAGGCGUGGCGCGCAGGCGGCUCAGGCGGCUCAAGGAGGUGGUGCAGCGCAGGCAACUGUGGCACCAGGAGGGUCUGGUGCAGUUGGCGCAGGUGCUGCGGCUCAGACAAAUCUGCCAGCCCAGGGGCCUGGUGCAGCUCAAGGUGCCCAAGCAGCCCAAGCACUCCAGGCUCUGGCAGCCCAGGGUCUCGGGACAAUGGGAAUUCACAUAGGCCAAGCGGCUCCACAAGGAGCUCCACCGGCUCCACAAGCGGGGCCAGUGGUCGUACACGUCGGCCCGCCGGUGCCUCAGGGACCUGAUGGAUACGCGGAAGCAUUUGCGGGCUACGAGCCGUUCAUGCCUUUCAGUGAGCUUACUGGAUGGGAGGCGAGGCUAAGGUUUCUUCAUUUCUUCGGUCUCGAGCACGACCUGGACGGUAAUGCGAUAGAUCAGUCUCGAUGGAUCGGUAUAGAGGCGCCAGUAUCCUGGACGGGCGGUUUCGGCAGGGCAGGGCUCUUCGCCAGAUUGGACGCAAGCGAUGACACAGUUGAGACAAUGGUGGUGAAAGAAGUCGAUUUUCAGAGUGUCUAUUGGCGGGACCCACUGAGCUGGAAGAAUGGAGCACCAUUGGAAGCGGCGAUCCACCAGCGAGUUCAGGAGCAGAACUCCCCAUAUAUCCUUGGGUACCACGGCUACCGAGUCUUUGCUGCGGUCCGGAAGGCUCGUCUUUACCUCGAAUAUGCACCUUAUCAGACGCUGCGUGAUGUUAUUGAUGCACUCGCUACGCUCGAGAACGACGCCAAAAAAGAGAUGAGAGUGAUAGAACCAACAACAAGAGAGCAGGAUGGGAGUCAGCAGAACGAGGCAGACCAGGGUGACGAUCAGGAUCCUCGAUACUACGAGCCAUGGUAUCCCAUGCCAGAGCCCUUCAUGUGGUAUGUUUUCGAAUCCAUGGUUUCCGCGCUUCUAGUACUGCACGAAGGCAGCGUAGAGCGCAAGAUCGACGGAUGGGAGCGCAUCGUUCAUCUGGACGUGAACCCAGGGAACGUAUUCCUUGCCGCUCCAGACCCCAACAGAUUCAAAGCAUACCCUCAACCCAAGCUCGGAGACUUUGGUCUGGCGGUUGAGACGAGCGAAAGCGAUCUAAAGAAUCCGCUGGACUAUCAAGGCCAUGGGACAGAGGGCUUCCGGGCUCCAGAGGUCAAGAUCUGGUACCCACGACGACCAGCCCAAUUUGCAACGAUCUCCGAGAAGGCCGACAUAUUCUCACUGGGCGCCACCAUGAUGUGCAUGAUCGACAAGACUGAUAGACCCCUGGCUAACUAUGAGAGUCCUCGCGAUGAGCUUCAUGAAGGCGGAUUCAAGCAACCUGUGCGCAGUCUUCUUCGGACGAUCUCGCCUGAAGAUAAGCUCCACUAUCUUGCUGAGCUGGUACGGCAGUGCUUCAGCUAUGACCCGGCUGAGAGGCCUACGCUUCGAGAACUCCUUCGAACCAUCCAGACGCGUAUUACGCACGCCUACGGGGAUACCGAUCGGUUUUGCAGUAACAUACCCGACGUCUACCGACUGGGUGAUGACACUUGGACUGACAAGUUGCAUUUUCGUGAGCUGGAGAUGCGUUCAAUGACGGAUGACGCAGUACGAGCUAAAAUUGCCUCUGCAAAUCAGCCCGAGUCCGACUCUGCGUCUGGAUCAGGUAGAAGUAGUGCUGGUGGGUCGCCCCAGGGUCAAGAGGGCAGUUGA